CUUCAAGGCAAAGUUUUCUGUCAUCUGAAGGUGUUGUCUUUUUACUCCACCUGUAUUCUCAGUUAAUACAUCAUUGGCAGUUUGCACAUGCAAUUGGCGAGAUCCUAUUUACUUAGUCCAAGAUUUUCCGCAGCAGUUUCUUCCACACCUUUGUUUGACACACCUACUUUGGAGGCUGAUUCUUCCUGUGCUCCUUUUAAUAAAUGGGAGCGUUGUGGCAUCUCCUCAUUUGAUCUCACUCGCACUGAAGGACAAGAAGGCCACCGGUCUCAAUAUCACCUCAAGCCAAAGACAUGUCUCCUGUAAGGUCGCUGAGGUGCCUCCCUCUCAUCCUCAUGGGUAUGUUCCUUUUUUUCCUAGUCUGGGACUCCGCUUCUAACAGGCAGGCGGUGUCUGAUCACAGGAUACCAGAGCAGCUCUCUGUUGACUUGCCUGGCUGCUCGGCCAUCAUCAGUGGGGACACGGAGGGCAUGAGCGGGGAAUUAGAAGUGCUGCUGUCCUCCAGGACAAGAAAGGCCAUUCUAUCUGAGGACUCCUACCUCAAUGUGACCAAAGACUGUGCGGCUUAUGUGGAAAACAGAGGUUUCUUUACGGUUCCUCUCAGUGAAGAGGAGAUAGACUUCCCCAUCGCCUACUCCAUGGUGAUCCACGAGAAGAUCGAGAUGUUCGAGCGGCUCCUGCGAGCCAUCUACACCCCUCAGAACAUCUACUGUGUGCACGUGGACCAGAAGGCCUCAAAAGAAUUUCAGGCGUCCGUGGGGGCAAUUGUCUCCUGCUUUCCUAAUGUGUUUGUGGCCAGUAAAUUAGAAACAGUCAUAUACGCGUCAUGGUCCCGGGUGCAGGCUGAUCUAAACUGCAUGGAAGACCUGCUGAGAUCGCCUGUCCGGUGGAAGUACCUGCUGAACACCUGCGGGACCGACUUCCCCAUCAAAACCAACAGGGAGAUGGUCCAGACGCUGAAAACCCUGAACGGGAGGAACAGCCUGGAGACCGAAGUCACCAGCGACUACAAGAAGAACCGCUGGCUGUACCACCACAACGUCACCAGCAGCGUCAUCGGGACAAACGUGAGAAAGAGCCCCCCACCCAUCAGCAGCCCCAUGUUCUCAGGUAGCGCCUACUUUGUGGUCUCGAGGGCCUUUGUGGAACACGUGAUGCGGGACGGAGAGGUCCAGAAGUUUCUGGAGUGGGAGAAGGACACGUACAGCCCCGACGAGCACCUGUGGGCCACCCUGCAGAGGAUGCCCACUGUUCCCGGAUCAGUUCCUGCGAACAGCAAGUACGACACCACGGACAUGCACGCGCUCGCCCGUGUGGUGAACUGGGCCUAUCUGGCGGGUGACGUGAGGAAAGGGGCCCCGUACAGUCCGUGCACCGGGCAGUACAGGAGGGCGGUGUGCGUGUACGGAGCCGGGGACCUCCCGUGGGUCCUGGGCCAACAGCAGCUCUUCGCAAAUAAGUUCGAUCCGGAGGUCGAUGACGUCGCGAUAAGAUGUCUGGAGGCAGUGCUGCAUUUUAAAGCUUUAAGCCAGCAAUCACUGCUCACCAGUCAAUACUCGGGCGUUCUGCAGAGCUUCUAAUCACCUGACAUGUAAAUUAUGAUGUAUCAACGAAGGCAGCUCAUCAUACUUAAUCAUACAUAUUAUAGAAACCGCACUUAAGGGGCAAUCUAAGUUUUUUUGGGUAACAAUUUGGGUCAUUUUGUCAUUUAUUCUAGAACUCUAGGACUGUUUGACUGCCAAUUUGGUUCUUGUAUUUGGUUAUUUUAAAUCCCUCUCCAUUAAAGGACACCUAAAGUUCACAUUAGCAAACGGAUAUAGCUUGUACCAAGAGCUCUGAUCUGUUGUUUUUAGGCCUGUGAAAAGAAUCAUAGUGCACCUUUUAAUGAUUGAAAUAGUUUAGGAUGCUCUAUGCUAUCCAUCAUGUGAUGUCAUGUAAAUUAAAAAGGGUUAUUACUCCAAAAUACUCCAAUAUAUUACAUGUCAUGUAAUAUUUCAUAUAGAUGUUUUACAAGUGAACGUUGUUGUUAAUGUAUUGAUAUGGGCCUUAUGUAGCAAUCUGCAUUCUAAUAUCAGUGCCAAUUUACUGAAAUUGCUUUCUUGCAACUUAUUGUAUUUUGUGCAGUUUAUGUUGUUUUUCAACAGAUUACCAUGGAUCUUGUCAGAUUUUUAAAUAUAUUCAGUGUAUUUCAAUGUUUACUGUCAAGCUUACCCAUGGCUUUAUUUAUGAUUUCAAUGAAAUCUUUAUGUGUAGUGCCAUCUAGUGGAAAAGAUCUAUAAGGAACAAAAACUGCACAACCUAUUGUAAUGUGGUUAUGGUCUUAAUCGUGCCUUUGGUCUCUAAACACUCUUAAAUACUGCAAUAUUGUUAUCUCUGUCUUGUUACCCCACAAAUCCGGCAUUGGAUGGAAUAAACAAAAUACAAAACAAUGAUGUGGAUGAUGAUUUUACUUGGAGGAAAUGUUACAUUAAGACCUACAAUUUUUUUGUUGCAGAUUGUUGCUCUCACAGAUGUUCUCUCUCCACCAGUCAGAGGGGCACAUUCAUGUGAGGGGGCAAAAAAUAAAACUUUAUUUUCCCCAGGCAGGAUUUUAAACAGAGAACGUCAGCAGUGAACAGUGAAAAAAAGGCUGAUGUCAAAACUUGUUCUAUGAAAUGCCACUCAAAUGGUCAGAGACC